UUUCGGCCUCAUUACAGCCCUGAUCCUUAACGGUAGCAUAUAAUAACAGAAGAACAAGUGCAGCGUUACUCUGAAAAUUGUCGUCCGUAAUAUCGAAACAUGGUGGUGGUCGAAUUCGCAUGAAAUACUACUGGCAAUGAAUAUCUCUGUUCUAUAAUAAAUAGAUCAGCAGCAUAGGUACUCUGUAUCCAUUACAAAAAAAUAACACAGACAGUAAUAGAACAAUGAAACCGCCGAUAACGGUAUCUCUCGUAUCAUUUGCGUUUCAACACUUUUUUCACCGCCCACUGUCAUUUUCUAAUUUUACGCACGAUACUGCCAUUAAGCACUGCGCAAAACGAUGCGUAUGAAUAGGAUCGCAUUCUCCGAAUUGGUCAUCGCAUUUUUGAAAAGAACGAUUUUUUGUUAUGAUUUUCGACCGUAGACCAUGUAUUAUCAGCGCCCGUUGUAAUGGACUCGAGCAGUGACGACGCUAAAAAUGACGACAUGACCGUAGGUCAAUGCGAAGCUGGCGAAACUAACUCGAACUUCGAGUGCUCGAUUAAGCUAGAAGAGAGCCAUCACUCAGCGUCGACACACGAUUUAGUUGACAAACACCUACGCGGCGGCAGCUAUGAGGUUUACACUGAGGGAGACUACGAUGAAGAUUACUACUCCGAUCAGCUCAGCGAGAGGACAGACAGAUUUCAAAUCACAGAAGUUCGUAUGGCAUUCAUACGAAAGGUGUACACACUUUUGUUUCUCCAGUUGGCUUUGACCACGGCGUAUGUCGCUCUGUUUAUCUUUAUCGAUGAUCUCAGGAGGUUUGCUCUGAGGAAUUAUGAGAUUUUUCAAGUAUGUCUACUUAUCCAGUUCAUACUUGUCAUAGUACUGACUUGUUGUCCACAGACUCGAAGGCGUUCGCCAUUGAAUUUGAUCCUGUUUUUUUUGUUCACAGCGACUUUCGGCUACUGCCUUGGUGUCGUGUCUGUCCAAUACGACACCAGCUCAGUCAUUUUGACUUUCGGGAUUUGCACAGUAUGCUGUCUUGCCGUGACGAUAUUCGCAUUUACGACGACAAUUGACUUCACGAAGUUCGGCAUUUACCUAUUCAUAGCAUUCAUAUGCUUCACUGUCUCCCUCUUUAUACUCCUGUUUGUCUGGGCGCCAUUGGCGCAUAAGAUAUUCUCCGGCAUUGCUGCCCUUCUGUUUAUGGUGUACCUUAUAUACGACACUCAAUGGCUCAUGGGAGGGAAAAGCUAUGAGAUCUCGCCGGAUGACUACGUGACUGCCGCCUUGAACCUAUACUUAGACAUGAUAUACAUAUUUAUCUUCGUGCUAGGCCUUGUGGGAAACAGGAGAUAAACAAACACACAAGUGCUUCAGCGAACGGAUAGCACAAGGAUUGUGUGCGUGCAGUCUUUCACAAGUGUCGACAAGAAGCGGUUCAUACAUUAUAUUGUGUACCAAGUGCGGAGGUUUUUCGUAAUGAGCUCUUAUAAUGUGACUGGUCAUAAGGCCGACGCCUUAUCAGGUUCAAAUACUGGAGAUGGGACUAAUGAUAUGAAACGAAGCGUCACAUUUGCGGGGAGCUACUCAACACCAAGCUCGGAAAACACUGUUCCAGAGCGAGUUGAAGGAACAGGCUCCAUUCUGAGAGGCUCAUAUGGAGGUAGCAGCACUUAUACGGAUUUUCGAAUGCGCGGAUUUAACGACAGGGAGGUACGUACAGGAUUCAUCCGGAAGGUGUAUUCGCUCCUGUUCGCAAUGUUAGCUGUAACCACGGGGAUCCUGGCCUGCUGUAUCUUCAUCGAUGACGCUCGCAGAUUCGUUAUGCAGCAAUAUGAAGUAGCCUAUAUUGCUAUCGGAAUCUACUUCGUAAGUGUGUUCAUCAUACAAUGUUGCCCAGGCUUGCUGCGUCAGCACCCAAUGAACCUGAUCGUACUUAUCCUCUACACGUUAUCUUUAGGAUACAUGGUUGUCUUCAUAUCGUUGUACUACAAGACCCAGUCGGUCCUUCUCGCCUUCGGUAUUUGCUCGGCAUGCUGUUUCUCGAUUACAAUAUUUGCGUUGACCACAACAAUCGACUUUACGAAGUGCGGGAUUUACUUAACCAUUGCGCUUAUUUGCUUUAUGGUGUUCAGCUUCAUCAUGAUAUUUGUUCAAGCACCUAUGGCUCAUAAGAUCUACGCGGCUAUCGGCGCGGUGUUAUUUAUGGGAAUUCUGCUAUUCAACACGCAGCUAAUAAUAGGCGGGAAGGAGUUUGAACUUUCACCAGACGAAUAUGUAGUUGCCGCCAUUUUGCUAUACGCAAGCAUUAUCCAGAUUUUCCUGUUUAUUCUUGAAUUGCUCGGAGAGAGACGACGGUAAACAAUUACCGGCGAAGUGGAUAGCUAGAACCACGUGCAUCAAUUUAUCAAUCUACAUAUGACAGAAAGAGAACAAUUUGACAUAGUAAAGGGCGCAGUAUCUGACGUUGUCCAAAACAGCCGAAAUAA